CCCGAGUUGCAUGGGAAUCGUACACUGUUGCUUUGUAGCUGCUUCGUUUUCCUUGCCUCAAGGUCUCCAAUGUUUUUGGGAUGCUUCAAGCUCUUGCCUCUCCGUGCUUCUGCGCCCCUUUCCGUGCACGAAAAUCAUCCUACACAUUCGAGCAUCGGAGCUUCACAUCUACUGCUUCUUUUUGAAGCCUUCAUCGUUUGGGUUUCAAAAGCCGCUACCGAAGAAUGCGACUCCUGGAGACGACUGACGGCCGCACGUACAACCUUACUGACGACUUCAUUAACAAAGGUCAAUAUCCUCCAUACGCUAUACUCUCUCACACCUGGGUGGAUGAUCAGGAGGUAACUUUCGACCACAUCAUUGAAGACAAAAGAAGCAGGUACAGGCAGCUACGUACCGGUCUUCGAUUACCGCCGCGUCUUGGUAAAAGCGGUUAUGCAAAGCUCCGGUUCUGUGCAAGGCAAGCCAGACGUGAUGGCUUACGAUAUUUCUGGGUGGACACAUGCUGUAUCGAUAAAAAAGACCCCGAAGAACUGGACAGAGCGAUUAAUUCCAUGUUCCAGUGGUAUGAGCGCGCAACUAAGUGCUACGUCUAUCUAUCAGAUGUAUCAUCAGCACAGCAAAACGGGGAUAGCGAGUCUCCUACCUGGCGAUCGGCUUUCGAAAGAAGCCGGUGGUUCACUCGAGGCUGGACACUUCAGGAGCUACUGGCUCCGACUGUGGUAGAAUUUUUUUCGAAAGAAGGGCAUUUCCUGGGCGAUCGUCUUAACCUGAGACACAUGAUUCACGAGAUCACUGACAUUCCCCACAAAGCACUGUCAGGUGCACCAUUGGAGGAGUUUGGCGUAGACGAACGCCUUUCUUGGGCAGUCGAGCGCCAGACCACCCGCGAAGAAGAUGAGGUGUACGCUCUGCUUGGUUUGUUCAACGUCAAGCUACCUUUCAUCUACACUGAAGGCUACGAUAGCGCCCUCAGACGACUCCUCGACGAGAUUGAGAGCUCCAAUGCCGCCUCUGCGGGAAAAGAUGGUCAAGAGGAACAGACACUGAAGUCCACCAUACCUUUUCGGCGAGACAAGGACUUCGUUUUUCGUGAGAGCUCGCAUAAACUACCUCUGCUGUUUGCAAAAACUCCAGCUUGUGUCGCCCUUGUUGGUCUUGGAGGUGUAGGAAAAUCCCAGCUUGCCAUCGAAUUCGCCUAUCAGGUGCUUGAAAAGUCUCCCAAUACCUGGGUUUUCUGGGUACAUGCUGAAACGGAGACAAGACUCCGAAAUAGCUACCACGAGAUUGCUGAAAUGAUCAAAAUGGACGGCCGGGACGAUCCAAAGGCGAACAUCACUCAGCUCGUGAAUGCUUGGUUGCGUAAUGACGCAAAGGUACCAUGGCUGAUGAUUGUUGAUAGUGCCGAUGACGCAAGCGUGUUCUUCGACAACGUCCCGGCAUCUGAUGCAUCUCGCGAAUCACCUGCAUCGCCUGCAUCAACGACGAAACUACCUCUUUCGUCAAAUCCGCCAUCAUCGCACACUGGAUCGAUCCUUGUUACCUCUCGCAGUCACGAUGUUGCCUGCAUGCUUGCAGAUUCGGAGGAACACAUCAUCGAGGUUGGACCAAUGGAUGACCAUGACGCCCUCGAUCUUCUUCGGAAAAAGUUCAACUCUACUAUCAAGAGCGACGAAGCCACGACUUUGGUCAGACUUCUUGAAAAUAUGCCGCUCGCGCUUACUCAAGCAGCGGCGUUUAUCAAUCGGACUCCGCGCAUGAGCAUCUCGAGAUAUUUGAAGGCCAUCGACAACAAUCGAGCAUAUGUAUUGAAUGAGGGCAAAGUAGAUACUCGCCGGGACCGUGGAGCAUCAAACUCGAUUACAACAACCUGGCAAAUUUCUUUCGACUACAUUCGUAGCCGGUCUCCUGGGGCUGCUCGUCUACUCUCUUUGAUGAGUUUCUUCGACCGACAAGAGAUACCGAGGUCGCUUCUUGAGGGACACUAUACCGCAGAGCAUCAUCAGGGCCAGUCUAACUUUGAGAAAGACAUCUACAUGCUCAGAAGCUUCUGUCUUAUCAAAUCCAAUACAGACAGCACGACUUUCGGAAUGCAUGGGCUUGUGCAAUACGCGACACGAGAGUGGCUUGAUCGGCAUGGAGAGCUUUUGUAUUGGAAGGAGCUCAUCGUUACCUUGGUGGACAAGCACUAUCCCGUGGGCCAUCACGAGAAUUCGACGUUGUGCAAAACGUUGCUCCCGCAUGCGCAAGCCGCAAUCAGCAACAUUCCUCAGGAAGAAGAUGCACUGGAGGCCUGGGCAUCGCUGUGUUACAAGAUGGCUUGGUACUUGGGAGAAAGAGGCAAUUUCGACAAGGCCUACGAGCUCAUUGUGGACUCUUACGAUGUCCGAAGACUCUUGUGGGGAGAGGAUGCUGCUUUUACGCUUGAUACCCUCAAUAGUCUAGCGCUCAUCUUGCAUCGAUCAGGCCGAUACGAUGAGGCAAAAGAGAAACACCAAAAAGCUCUACAAGGACAGAUCAAGACGCUGGGAGCUGAAAGCAAAGAUGCACUCAAUACAAAAGUCAAUUUGGCAGGGCUGUACAAUGAUGAGUGUCAAUGGACAGAAGCCGAAAAGCUCCUAGUCGAGGCACUGGAAUCCUGCAAGACGGCUUUAGGGCCACAUCAUUCCCUGACACUGAACGCAACGACUUUGCUAGCCACCACGUACAGAGACCAAACACGGUGGGCAGAAGCUAUAGAACUAGAGCUUCAGAUGCUCGAAAUUCGCGAGAAGCAGCUCGGGCCAGAUCAUCCACACACACUAACUGUGAAGAGCAAUCUCGCUUUUACAUACCGACAGCAAGGCCGCCUAGAAGAAGCGGAGCGACUACAGCUCCAGCUUCUCAACAGCUACUCCUCAAACCCCGGUCUAGAACUCGAGCUACUCACCAUCAAAGGUCAUCUAGCAAGGACCUACAUUGACCAGGGACGCCUCUCCGAAGCCGAGGCCCUGCAGCUCCACGUCUUCCAAGCAACAAAGUCCCAACUCGGCCCCUCGCACUUCACCACCCUGACGCGCAUGUCGCACCUCUCGAGCACAUACUGGGCCCUCGCCCGGUACGACGACGCCCUAGACCUGGAAUCCCAGACCCUGGCGUUCCGCGAGUCGAAGCUGGGACUCGACCACCUCUCUACACUCGACAGCAAGGCUAUCCUCGCCAUGACGUAUCGCAGCCUAGGGCGACUCGAUAGGGCUGAAGCACUCGGACUGGAGGUUUUGGAGGCGCAUGAGAGGAAGUUGGGUGCGAGGCAUCCGCUGACGCUAGAGAGUAGGGCUGGGGUUGCGUGCACGCUGGGGCGACAAGGGCGUUUUGGUGAGGCUGUGGAUAUGGAAGAGGACGUGGUAAGCGGAAGGGGUGCGAUAUUGGGGCUGGAGCAUCUGGAGACGCUGGCUGGCAUGAGGAAUCUUGCUGGAGCGUAUAAGUGGCAAGGGCGCACUGGGGACGCGGUUGAGCUGAUUGAGAAGUGUUGCGAGGCGUAUGCAAGAGUGGUGGGUGUACAGCAUGAGAGUACCGUUGAGUGUAGAGAAACCUUGGACAGAUGGCGGGCAGAAGCAUGAUAUUUGAAAAUGAUGGCCCAGUAACGAAACGAUGGUAAAGAUAUGGCGGCUUGCCGGGAAAGAGGCGAUUUCGCCAGAACGCCGUGCUCAUGCGUGAAAAGAUGACAACAACAAGCGCUCCUCAUGGUCGUCUACAACACUCCAGCUGCCCACUUCGUACCUUGAACGCACUAGUCCUUCCUGAUAGGAUGGAAGACCUCAAAGGUGCGUCUGUGCAGCCCUUGUCUCCUCUGCAUCGCGGUGCCGGUUGUUCUCGUUUGC